UCCCGAAGCUUCUUUUCGCUCAUCAAUCGUUGGAAAUGCUAGAUCUGCGAUCAAACCAACUUUCUGGACAUCUAGAAGACAUUUCAGACCCGUUUUCCUCGUUGUUAGAAUUCAUCGACUUAAGCUAUAACCACCUUACAGGCUACAUACCCAAAUCGUUCUUUGAUCUUAGAAGACUAACAAAUCUCGUGCUUCAAUCAAAUCAAUUGAAUGGUACACUGGAAAUUAACCUUCUUUGGAAGAUGGAGAAACUAGAAUCAUUAAUUAUCUCUAACAAUAUGUUGUCGGUGAUAGAUCGAGAAGAUGGCUAUCCAUUUCAUUACUUCCCUACAAUCAAAUACCUGGGACUAGCAUCUUGCAACCUUACAAAAAUUCCAGGCGCAUUGAGAGAUAUAAAAGGUAUGUCUUACUUGGACCUUUCAAACAACAGAAUAAAUGGAGUAAUACCAAGCUGGAUAUGGGAUAACUGGAAGAAUAGCUUGUCCGUGUUAGUACUCUCUAACAACAUGUUCACUAGCUUGGAAAAUAAUCCAUCUGUUCUUCCCUUGCACACUUUAGAUAGACUCAAUCUUAGUUCCAACAGACUGCAUGGUAACGUACCUAUACCACUGACAACUACUAGAGAUGGUGGUGUUCUCUUGGAUUACUCUAGCAACAGCUUCUCUUCAAUUACUCGUGACUUCGGCAGGUAUCUUCGAAACGUCUACUAUCUUAGCUUUUCCAGGAAUAAAAUAAGUGGUCAUAUACCAAGUUCUAUAUGUACCCAAUGUUAUCUUGAGGUCCUUGACUUAUCACACAACAACUUCAGUGGUAUGGUGCCAUCCUGUUUAAUACAAAAUGGUGAUGUCACCAUAUUGAAGUUAAGGGAGAACAACUUCCAUGGCGUGCUGCCUAAGAAUAUUAGAGAAGGAUGUAUGUUUCAGACAAUCGAUCUGAACAGCAACCGAAUUAUAGGGAAACUGCCUAGAUCAUUGUCUAAAUGCAAGAGCUUAGAGGUUCUUGACAUGGGUAACAACCAGAUUCUUGAUUCUUUCCCAUCUUGGUUAGGGAACAUGUCCAAUCUUCGGGUUCUCAUCUUGAGAUCCAAUCAAUUCUAUGGUUCAGUAGGACUACCUACAGAAAGUGAUGCAACCAGUAAGUAUUUCUCAGGUUUGCAAAUUAUUGAUUUAGCCUCAAAUAACUUAUCAGGGAGUUUGCAAUCAAAAUGGUUUGAGAACCUUGAAACAAUGAUGAUAAAUAGUGAUCAGGGUGAUGUUUUGGGCAUUCAGGGGAUAUAUAAGGGCUUAUACCAAAACAAUAUGAUUGUUACAUUUAAAGGGUUUGAUCUCAUGUUUACCAAAAUCCUGACUACUUUCAAGAUGAUAGACUUAUCAAACAAUGAUUUCAAUGGUGCUAUCCCAGAAUCAAUUGGGAAGCUAAUUGCUCUACAUGGUUUGAACAUGUCACGCAACUCCUUCACUGGAAGAAUUCCAUCUAAGAUUGGUAAAUUGGUUCAGCUCGAGUCCUUGGACCUCUCUUUGAAUCAGCUCUCAGAAGCAAUCCCACAGGAGUUGGCAUCCCUAACAUCUCUCGCAAUAUUGAAUCUCUCAUACAACAAUUUGACUGGACAGAUACCACAAGGGCCACAGUUCUUGUCAUUCGGCAACAGAUCAUUCGAAGGCAAUGCAGGACUCUGUGGAAGGCCGCUGUCCAAACAGUGCAACUAUUCAGGCAUAGAAGCUGCAAGAUCACCAUCAUCCUCUCGAGAUAGUGUGGGGAUAAUAAUAUUGUUUGUGUUUGUGGGAUCCGGGUUUGGAAUCGGCUUUACAGUGGCCGUUGUUUUGUCAGUGGUUUCCCGAGCGAAACGCUGGAACUGGAACAUUUUUCGUUUCACCAGUAACACUGUAGUAGUUAAGUAGUGUACGCAUGCAUGCGUGUGGUAUGAGCUUGUAUAAAUCUACUCUUUUACGAAUAAUGCAAUUUGGAUUUAUCUACUA